UUUACUGUCACCCACAGCUGUAGGUGGAGCGAAGGAGGCGACAGAACAGCUCUGUCAAGAACUUUUCAGAGUCCACACUGUCGCCUUUUGCAGCGUCGUUUAGCUGAAGAACAAAGUCCAGAUAAACGGCGGUGUAGACGGAGAAACGUGAGUCGGACUCGGACACAGCCAUGGACGGUGUGUAUGGAUGGGGCCUGAACCCCCUCAACCCAGUCCAAACGGGGAACCCCUUCAUAGAGAUCAUCGAGCAGCCGAAGCAGAGGGGGAUGAGGUUCCGCUACAAGUGUGAGGGACGUUCAGCCGGCAGCAUCCCCGGAGAGAAGAGCAACGACACCACUAAGACCCACCCAGCCAUCAAGGUGCACAACUACAACGGCCCCCUGCGUGUUCGCAUCUCGCUGGUGACGAAGAAUCCACCGCACAAGCCGCACCCUCACGAGCUGGUUGGGAAAGACUGCAAGCAUGGCUACUACGAGGCCGACCUGCAGGAGAGAAGAAUACACAGUUUUCAGAACCUAGGCAUACAGUGUGUCAAGAAGAAGGAUGUGAAUGAGGCCAUCACUUGCAGGCUGCAGACCAAUAAUAACCCCUUCAACAUUCCCGAGGCGAAGGUAUGGGAGGAGGAGUUUGACCUGAAUUCGGUCCGGCUUUGCUUCCAGGCCUCCAUCACUCUGCCCACGGGGGAGCUGUUUCCUCUGGACCCUGUGGUUUCGCAGCCCAUCUAUGACAACAGGGCCCCAAACACGGCUGAGCUAAAGAUCUGCCGAAUCAACCGCAACUCUGGAAGCUGCAAAGGAGGGGAUGAAAUCUUUCUGCUAUGUGACAAAGUGCAAAAAGAGGACAUCGAGGUGCGUUUCUUCCAGGACUCCUGGGAGGGAAAGGGCUCUUUCUCCCAGGCUGAUGUCCACAGACAGGUGGCCAUUGUGUUCCGCACACCGCCGUACCGCGACACUAACCUCUCUGCGCCCAUUAGUGUCAAGAUGCAGCUCCGCCGGCCCUCUGACCGUGAAGUCAGCGAGCCGGUGGACUUCCACUACCUGCCUGUCGACCCAGAUGAAUACAGGCUGAGUGAGAAGAGAAAGCGUACAGGGGACAUGUUCCAGAGCCUGAAGCUGGGGCCCAUGCUGUCUAGUGUGUCCAUUCCACAAGAUAGACGGCACAUAAGCCCAGCAAGGAGAACAGCCACAGCCAAGCCUCCAUCAAUGAACGCACAAGCUGCGGCUGUAGUGCCCCCUGGUGCCAGUGGAGCGAAACCCCAGCCCUCCUACCCCUACAAUCAGCAAAGCCAGCUGUUCUCAGUGCAGCCCAAGGUAGAGUCCUCCCCCUCCAACUCUGCUGCAACCACAAACCAAACAUGGAGGAUCAUGGAGAGCCUGAACCUGAGCUCCCAGCCCAAAGCCACUCCAGUGUCCCACUUCACAAUGAGCCAGGUAUCCUCCUCCUCCUCCUCCGCCACCACUGCCCCUGUCAACUCGGACUACUCAACCGUCAACCUGUCAGAUCUUCAUGAAUUCUUCCCCAACAUUUCCUCAGCCAUGGCCCAGGAGCCGGCAGCCUCCCAGGGAAGCAUGGCCUCCUCGCAGACCAGCAGCUCCUUCACCCUCCAGGCCUCUCAGUUCCGGGUGGACCCACCACUGGUUGACGAUGACAUCCCUGAGUUCCCUAGCUUUUCCGAAGCCCAGGCCCCAGGCGCUCUGGACAACCUAAACAUGGAUGACUUUGAGGACCUUCUGAACCCCACCCUCAUGAACGAGAGUGGAAACGGCACCUCAAUGUUGGCUCAAGCUUCCUGCCAGCAAGCUCCCAGCUCCUCUUUUGCUGCCCAGAACACUGCAGCAUCCCAGAACACUUCUGACCCUGCCAGCAACCCAGGAAGCACCUGGAUGAAUUAUCCCAACAGCAUUGUCAACUUGCUCCAGAAUGAGGUCAUGAAUGACAUUGCACCCAACAGCAACCAUCGGCCCGCUGUGCUGGAUGAGCUCGACGAGCUGAUGUCUGCCGACGAGGAUCGUCUUAUUUCCAUUUUUAACAGCGGAAACCAAGCUAGGUUUGUGUCAGGACACCCAACUUAAGUUUGUGCAUGUGAUUUUAUUAUGGACAUAUUUACAAAGACCACUUGAGUCUGCUCCUUUAGCCUUCAGAACUACAACUCCUUUGUUGUUACUAAAGACAAAAAAAGGACACAAGGUGGAUAUGAAGUGCUGUAAGAGACAGAAUGUAGCAAGACUGCUC